AUGAGCACAGCCGGCGAAAGAAUCAUCCAAGAUCCAUUAGCACCCAGACCCAGCCCGACUCCUAGUACAGCGGGCUCAACGGGAACAUCGGGGAUAGCUGUACGGGCUGGAGCAAACGGACAAAUGAGUUUCAGGAGACAACGUGCGUCGCGUGCUUGCGAGACUUGCCAUGCCCGAAAAGUUCGUUGUGAUGCUGCCAGCUUAGGUGUGCCUUGCACCAACUGUGUCGCUUUCUCUAUCGAAUGCAAGAUCCCUACACCAAAACGCAAGAAGAACCAAACCAAGUCAAAGGACACUGGCGAUAACGACGAUACCGAUGAUAAAUCCCAGAGUCAAGACAAACGCGAAGAGUCUCUACCUAUCCCUGGCAAAGAUGCGUUUGGCUAUCAGAACAGUGGAGUUGCCGUCGAGGGCAUGCCUGCGACGACACUCUCAGAGACCCAGGCUGCUCGGGAGGCCUCCCAGAAUGCAACAUACGCCCAGUUUAUGAAGCCGAAGUUCGCCCGCGCACCGAUUAAAGAAGCUGGAAGGGUCGCAUAUCUGGGCGAGUCAUCGAAUCUUUCCCUGCUGGUUCAGGACCGCCAUGGAACGACCGACGUCGUGCAUUAUCCGCUGCCCCCCAACAUUCGUGGUUCACGUGCAAGGAUCACCGACUUGGACAACCUCGAAUUAGACAUCCUUCACCAACGGGGCGCUUUCUUGCUACCCCCGAAACCCUUGUGUGAUGAGCUAGUCGAUGCCUACUUCCAAUGGGUCGCACCGGUUGUGCCCAUCGUCAACCGCAGUCGUUUUAUGCGCCAAUACAGAGACCCUAAAAACCCUCCAUCUUUGCUACUUUUGCAAGCCAUUCUCCUAGCCGGUUCAAGGGUCUGUACCAACGGGCAACUGAUGGACGCCAACGGCUCGACCACUCCGGCUGCCAUGACCUUCUACAAGCGAGCUAAAGCUCUGUAUGACGCUAAUUAUGAAGAUGACCGAGUCACUAUUGUUCAAGCACUGGUGCUCCUGGGCUGGUACUGGGAGGGUCCUGAAGAUGUUACUAAGAACGUCUUCUACUGGACAAGGGUGGCAAUGGUUGUUGCACAGGGCUCCGGCAUGCACCGCAGCGUGGAAUCCUCGCAGCUUAGCAAACCGGACAAGCGGUUAUGGAAACGGAUUUGGUGGACUCUCUUCACCAGAGAUCGUUCUGUAGCUGUGGCUUUGGGGCGCCCCAUCGGCAUCAACACAGACGAUGCAGAUGUUGGAAUGUUGACAGAAGACGAUUUUAUUGAAGACGAACUUGAUAUGGCUGCUGAAAUUCCGCCGGAACCCGUUCACGUGCAGUUUUUCUUGCAGUAUGUCAAGCUCUGCGAAAUCAUGGGGUUGGUCCUCUCGCAACAAUACUCGGUGGCGUCCAAGUCCCGGCGUAUGAAUGCCAUGGACCUGACCCAUUCCGAUAUGGCACUUGCGGAUUGGCUCCAGAACUGCCCCAAGGAAGUGUGCUGGCAACGUCAAAAUCAUCACUUCUGGGCGGCUCUUCUUCAUGCGAACUAUUACACCACACUCUGCUUGUUACACCGAGCCCACAUGCCACCAGCGUCAUCAGUUCCCAGUAGCUAUCGUGUCGAAGAGAUGGCAUACCCGUCACGCACUAUUGCAUUCCAAGCUGCCGGAAUGAUUACUUCGAUCGUUGAAAACCUGUCUAAUCAUAGCGAGAUCCGUUACACGCCGGCGUUCAUUGUCUACAGUCUUUUCUCCGCGCUUAUCAUGCACGUCUACCAAAUGCGGUCAUCUGUGCCCUCGGUAGUGGCUACCUGCCAGGAGAGGAUCAACAUUUGCAUGCAAGCACUCAAGGAUGUUUCCAAGGUUUGGCUUGUUGCGAAGAUGGUGCAUACCUUGUUCGAGUCUAUUUUGGGUAACAAGGUUCUGGAAGAGCGUCUACAGAAAGCCGCAGGAAGAAGACAUCAGAAGGUUAAGCAUGAUCCGAAUCAACCGAACCAACAGCACGUGUCUGCAAGGAGGCCAGAUCCGCCGAAGCGCAAGUUUGAUGAUAUGGACAUAGGACUUCCCAACGGAGGACCUACGCCUCCAGUCUCUUACGAGCGAUCUCGCCCUCAGACGCCAGCAGCUACGCCCUCCAGAGAGCUGGGACAAUCUACCUUGCCUCUACCUCAAGGAUCUCCUACUGCGCCCAAAGAAGGCCUUCCUGGAACCGGCAACUCACGUGCGAAUACGCGGCCGACGACUCCAUUCGGUAAUCAAUUCUCUCUCCCGGCAACACCUCCUGAUCUAUUCCUUGUCACACGUACUUCGCCUAAUCUUUCGCCCUCACUCUGGGAAAACUUUCAGCCAGACCAGCUGUUCCCUGAUGGCACUGCCAUCUUCCCAGAGCUUACUUCUCCGCAGAGUGCGGCUGUUGAUCCGCAGCUCCAAAUGCAAUCACAACUCCAAGCGCAUGGUUUGGACCAGCGGUCUAUGGUUCCCCAACAGAUGCAAUCGCGGAAUUCCUUGUCCGCUGCACAGGGAAGCCCAGAAAUGCUGUCCAGUAUGCCUUCCGCAAUCGGUUUACAAGGACAACAACAACCGCAGCAGAUAUACGGAAUGGACCCCCAGCAGACGUGGCCGAUUCAAGGAAUAGAUGCCACUGUUGCUAGCGCAGCAAUGGAUACUGCAAGCCAAGACGACAACUGGAGCAAUAGCUCUCGCAGCGGCCCAACGGCCCCCACGACUCUAAACGUGGAAGACUGGUUCCAAUUCUUCGGUAUCAACGGCAGCUUCGGCGAAAUGGCGGCCUGA